AAUUUUAUCAGUUAUGUCAUCUAUUCAACGCAAUAUUCGCUCGUAUGACGCAGAUGUUGAAUGUCAUAAGAUUUCAUAUUGUCUAUAAUGUUGUACAAGUGUACACCCAAAGAUUUAAUAUGGAGUUGGACGACAAAUCAAAUGAUUUAGAUAAAUUGAUUCGAGCACAUGAGCGGUGUUUGGCCGGUCUGGAAGAGGGUCUCUUCCUGACUGAAGAUUGUAAGGAUAUUCGAACAUUGAUAGCGUCGUUAUGUGAUCUGAUUUUUAGAGCAGCGCAAGAGUAUAGCAAAUUUGAUGUAGAGGUUGCGAACUGUGUGAGCGCUGUUCAGUUGACAUCGAGCGUUUGGUGCGGAAAAGAUAUGAGUGAAACGGCACGUUUUGAGAUAGAAGAGGAUCGCAUUCGGGUGGAGGAGACACUGCAGAGCCUGAACUCGGAGUAUUCAGUGCUUGCGCGCAAUAUAAACGAUAAAUUU